AGCUUUGGGAGGAGCCCACUGCACAUGGCCGUGCAAAAAGGGAACAGCAAGAUCGUGCGUAUCUUGCUUGAGCAUGACGCAGACUGCAACACAAAGGACACUCACGGUCUAACUCCGCUGGCAUAUGCCACCAUCAGGGGAUUCGAAGACGUGGCAGAUCUUCUCUUGUCCCAUGGAGCUGGCAUCCAG